AUGGUAACAACUCCUGACAUGUUAUGGUUGGUCAUCGCGAGUGGUGUAGCAUGUUUUUUUAUGGCAUUUGUGACAGGAGCAAAUGAUAUAGCGAACACAUUUAGCACCUCUAUUGGAUCCAAAGCAAUAACGAUUAAGAAAGCUUUGAUAAUUGCCUUCUUCUUUGAGGCAUUAGGAGCUUCCUUACUUGGUGGAACAGUCACAGAUUCUAUACGAUCAAAAAUAAUAAACUUUGAAGCAUUUUACGAUGGACCUGAAUUUCUGAUGUUGGGGAUGUUUUGCGCCCUCAUGGGUGCAAGCACGUGGCUAGCUAUAGCCACGUGUCUAGGGUUGCCUGUAUCGACAACGCACAGUAUAGUAGGAGCCUUGUUAGGCUUUGGACUGGCAACAGGCCACAGUAAGUCUAUUAAAUGGGAGAAAAUACACAGCAUAGUGAUAUCAUGGUUUGCAGCCCCCAUUUUGGCAGGAAGUUGUUCAGCAAUAGCCUUUACCCUAUUACGGCAUUUAAUAUUGAGGAGGAGAAAUUCAUUUCAGAUAAUUAAAAGAUCGUAUUGGUUCCUCAUUUUUCUGAUUACCCUACCGUUUAGUGUCUUCUUAGUGUUUCAUAACCCCAUAGUGUUAAAUAUGGAGUGUCGAAUGAAAAGGGACAAAGAGAUCGUCACUGAAAAGCCAUGUUAUAUUCAAGAUUGGAGUGCAGCCAAUUCUUUCCACUCCACGGUGGCUUCUCUGAUCAUUUCAACCCUCCUCACAUGCAUUGCAUCUUUGAUUAUCUACGUAAUAUAUAACAAGAGAUUGAAAGAUUACACUUUUCAGAAAAAUUUAUUCGGAGAUGACUUGAUGAAUGAUUUGGAGAAAAAUGUCAAGGACGCGAAUAGCAAGACGAUUUGUAACGUCAACAAUAGUAGCCUCAAUUCGGUCGCUUCGAAUGAGACGCAAGUUACCCAACAGAAGGGGGUUAGCGGAGCAACAGGAGCGGCGACAACCGCUGCGACAGCGGCGACUGUUGGAGGGGGAAACUCCGCUGGCUCUGGAUUGCACUGUGAAAAGAGGAAAAACCAAGGUGAACAGAAUUAUCAAACGGUUAUUAAUAUGAAAAAUAUGGACGGGAGGAGGGAAAUUCUGGAGAAGAAAAGUGGAAAUUUAGGGAAGGCUGGCAGUGGCAACGACAGUGGCAGUAGUAAUAUAGCCCAGACGGUCAUCGAAAAAUUUGACCAUGAGACAGAGAUCGUUUUUUCGUCGCUUCAGAUCAUUAGUGCCAUUUUAGGGGUAGUGGCUCAGAGUGCAAACGACACGGCUAAUGCUAUAGGUCCCUUUGCCGCAGUUUUUAACACGUACAAUAAUGGCAUUAAGGGGAAGCUAAAAGUGCAGUGGUACAUUCUUCUGUUUGGAGGUUUGUCCAUGUCCCUUGGUCUGUCCGUGCUAGGUUAUCGAGUCAUCAAGACGGUGGGAAUGAAGUUAAUUAAAAUUACUCCGUCGAGAGGUUUCACCAUUGAACUUAUUUCCGGGUUGGUGGUCCUAUUUUUUAGUAUCUGCGGUAUACCGCUUAGUUCCACCCAUUGUGCAGUGUCUAGUGUUAUUGGUCUGGGCCUCGUAGAGGCAAAGAUAUCGGAAGAAAAUAAUUCCAACGGUGGAGCCAACAACCAGGGGAUGAAGCUACCGGGCAAGGAAAAAUCCCAAGGGGAUAAGAAUGCAAAUUUGCCUGUAAAGAAGAACAGCUUGUUUUGCCUCUUCUCGUUUUUGAACACCUCUUGCGUGAAUUUGAAGCUCUUUAGGACAAUUUUUCUUUCCUGGAUCAUCACGGUGUCUUUUUCGGCGAGCGUAACCGCAGCGAUAUUCUCCUUUGCAGCCUACAGCCCGUCGUACUUUACAAAGCCGCCCGUAGUAGUUCCCGUAUAG